AAGAAAGGUUGUGCAAAUGUUUAUGCACAACGCAGAUUCCCACGGUUAUGGAAAACCUGGAAAUUUCAGGAAGUUUACAAUUGUGAUUUGGAAAUGCCUAUAAUAUACAUGUUUCUAGUUACGCUCGACUCUAAAGUAUUUCAUUGGCUCGUUGAACUCGUGUGCAUUCAAGUAAUUUUUAGCUGCACUGUCUGUAAGUCUAAAGGUAUAGUUCACCCAAAAAUAAAAAUUCUGUUAUUAGUUACUCAUUCUCAUGUCGUUCCAAACCUCUAAGACCUUCUUUCAUCUUUGAGACACAAAUUAAGUUAUUUUUGAAGAAAUCCAAGAGCUUUCUGACCCUGCAUAAACAGCAAAGCAACUAACACAUUCAAGGCUCAGAAAGGUAGUGAGGAUAUCGAUUAAAUGGUCCAUGUAACAGUGGUUCAACCAUAAUGUUAUGAAGCUACGAGAAUACUUUUUGUGGACGUGUGGCAGAGACUGACACGGAAAGAAAGAAAUUGUUCAAUCAAGUCGUUAUUUUUGUUUUCUUUGCACGCAAAAGGUAUUCUCAUAGCUUCGUAACAUUACGUUUGAACCACUGAUGUCACAUGGACUAUUUUAACUUAAACGUUACUACCUUUCUGGGCCUUGAAUGUGUCCAUUGUAUUGCUGUUUAAGCAGGGUCAGGAAGCUCUUGGGUUCCAUCGAAAUUAUUAUCAAGCUCUUACGGGUUUGGAACGACAUGAGGUUGAGUAAUUAAUGACAGAAUUUUCAUUUUGGGUGAACUAUCCGUUUAAAAAGGUUUAGGUUCUUGUUUAUUUCCUAAAAUAAUCCUAUUUUCUCCAGUUUAUUUUUGAAAUGCAUAAUGGUUGAGUCUCAAGUCAAAAUUAGACCUAAUCCAUUGAGCGUUUUCCUAAUUACCACAGAAUUUUUUUUAAGUGCAUCAGUAUUUAAAAACAAGUGCAAUCCUUUACACAAAAUCACUUAUACAAGUGAUUAAAAAGAAUAAAAGUGCAUUGCACCAGAAUAAACAUUAAAAUGCAAAUUUUAUUUUGAAGUUGAAAGAAGAUGCAAAAUGUUAAUAUUAUACUAUAUUGUAUCUCAGCCAAAUAUUGCCCUAUCAAACCAUACAUUUGUACUAUUUAUGACUGGUUUUGUGGUCCAGGGUCAUUCAUAUAUAUAUAUAUAUAUAUGCGUGUGUGUGUAUGUGUAUAUAAGGUUCCCAGUUUUCUAUUUAAUGUCUGAAUAAUCCAGAGUGCUGUGUGCAGAAAAUGGCCUUGUCAAGGCCAAAGAGACCCUUCAAAAAUUGCUCUGUGUAGUUUGCAGCAGUUUGUUCCUGUCUGGUGUUUAUGGAGGGGGCUCAGCAUCUAAAACUAAUAUUGAUAUGUACAAUAUACUCAGUUCAUGUCUCCAUAACUUCAGAGUUUAAAGGCAGGGUAUAAAAUUUCUUAAAGGAAAAAAUUCUUUAAAAAGCAAAAAAUGUAUGAGACUGCAUCUACAAUAUAGCAAUAGCUGUACUGCUAUAUUUUAGGAAAAAAGAAUAUAUAUAUGUUCGUUUUUCAUUAAAACAUUAAGAAAAUUCACAGGAUGAAGUAAACAUUUGAUGAGGUGGUGAUUUGGUAAAAAAUGUUUCUUUUAAUCAUAUGAUGACAUGCUAUUUUUAGAAAAAAGUGUGAAGAUCUACACCAGACAUAAACGUAUAAUGUAUAUAUGCUUACAAAUUCGCCACCAAUUUAGCAAAAUGUAAAUGCCAUGAGAUUGUGUAUUUUAGCUAGAACACUGCCUUGACAUCCAGGACUGGCACUAUCCACUUUUUAAUAACUGGUUAUAAUAAAUAUAGUAAUUCCCAGGGUGCUAUGUUUACAUAUUCAAAAACUGGUCUAUUUUUGCGUUUUUUGGGCCGGUAUUCCACAGUUUGUUUGUUUUUUUAACUGUCCUUCAGUGUCAUUAUGAACCAUGCUCAAACAUGAUGCUUCACAUACUUUAAUUACAUUAUUUGUAACAAAAUCAAAUUGUCAUUUGCAUGACCCACCUGUAUAAUCUGAAAUCCACCAGCAAAGCAGCCUGAGCCGUUGAUGGACAUGAAGGCAUCGUACUUCAGGAGUGGAAAGACUCACUUCUCUGGGUGUGAAGAGGGUGGGCAGUUACCAGAAGAGUUGACAAAAGUCUGCAGUGUCCAUACAAAGUCCUCCCACCUAAACCCAGCUACCCCUGCCUCUCAUGCUUAGUCUCUCACUUGCUCUGUGUUCUUUCAUUAACGUACCAGUCUAGGAACGGCGAGCAGAAGAGUCCGGCCAGGAACCAUGGGUGUCAGCAGCAGUUACAGCGGUUUAUCUCGGCUCGUCUUCAUUGGCGCUCUAGCCAUCUGCAUGGCUUUUGUGCAGUCAGAAACAGUUGCUGAUUCCUCCCCUACACUGCAGAAUGAUAACCAGGACACGCUAUCCGGCGCUGGAGGCUUAGAUGUGACAACAAAAGUCCCUUUCCAUGACCCGACAGAAAACGCCUUCACCUUUGAUUAUGAGGAAGGUACACACACGAUAACCCUGGAUGAGGAAGAAGUUGUGCUGGGGCCAGGAGCCAUCACAGCUAUCGUCAUCGCUGUGUUUCUGGGAGCCUCUGUUCUUCUCGCCCUCAUUGUGAUCACGCUCAGAAAGUUCACAGCUUCUUAGAAAGGGACAUUCAUGUGUUUUCAUUUCCUCCCUUUCUCAAUCCCGUCUCUUCUUUUUUCUCUGAACUGUAUUUACAAGUGUCUCAGUGGUGGCAGGUCCUUCAUGAAAUGGAUGUUUGCAGCUGCUCUUUACUGAGACCAGUUUUGUGAUUUCUUUCCCUAAGCUUCAACACAGAGAAAACCAGACUAAUGCUGACCAAAAGGGUAACUGCAGCAAUCAGGAGAAAUUAAUGCAUUUGUUUAAUGACCAUAUAAUCAAUGUCGAUAUCCUCUUGUAAUAAGAUUUAGACUGAAAGAUUAAACAAAGGUAGAAAUAUUAUAUUAGAGUCACAUUUUAAGAUAUAGUUUAAUACCAUUCAUGUGCAACUAGUUUUUUGUUUCAUACUGUAUUCUAAUGUAUACCAAGUGUCAUUGUAGCUGAUUUGUGUAAAAUGAUCAUGUCCUUUAGAGUUUAAGAUAAAUUGUAUGUGUGAGUGUGUAUGUAUUGAGAGAGUCUUUAAGAGUGAGUGUUUUAAUUGCCACCUUGUGACUGGUCACUGAACAGAUAA